CCGAAUGCAUCGACACUAAACAUGAUCGCUGUCUCUGUCUGCGUCUGUGUGCAAGUGUGCGGGAGGAAGGGGUUGCACAUAUAAUAGCGCGUGCGCGCAUGUGUGUGUGUGUGAGAGCAAUUGAAAGAGAGCGAGCGACGAGCGACUAUUUGACAGUUGACUCGCAUCAAUUAAAAGCGCAUAACAGAUAAAAUGAAAUGAAAUGAAAACUGUUUUUUUUUUCUCUCGUGUUUAUGUGUAUUUUUCGUGUCUUUGAUUCUGUCGACGUUGUUGAAAAACAUAAAAAAUAAAUGAUGAUGCAGCAAUAUAGUAAUAAUAACAAACAACGCGAUAAACGCGUGUGAUAGUGAAUGGGAAUAAACUAAAACGACGGAGAGUGUGUGUGAGAUAGAGAGAGAGAGAGAGAGAUAGCGACCAGCAAACUGACAAAGCAAAAGAAAUGCCGCAACAAGUGGAAAUGAAAAGCAGCAAGCGAAGCAGCAGCGAAAUCAACGACAACAAUAAUAAACAGCACAUUUCCAAUCAGAACGAGGCGACACAGUCGCAGCUGCGCAGUAAGCGCAGUCGCCAGCUGCAGCCCCAGCAGCAUAUCUAUGAGAAUCUGCCASCGUCGGCGUCGGCGUCGGCAUCGUCGCAGCAGCUGCGCAAAUACUUUCGCCGCGAGGUGAUUUACGAAAAUCUGUGCCACGGCUGCGGCUAUGGCGUCUUUGCAGCACAAGGUCGCUAUUGCCACUUCUGCCAGUGCAUUGUGAGCGGCAGCGUCGUCGCAGCGCUGCAGCAACAACAGCCUCAGCCGCUGUCUGCGUCGAGCGGCAGCGAAUGCAAUAUUUAUGAGAACAUUUGCGAGCUCUGCCGGGGCAUCUACAGCGACAGCGAGCCAUGCGCGUGUCUAAGAAGUGCCACGCCCACAGGCGCAACGGCAGCUCCGAUUGAAAAUACGUCGCUGCCGCAGCCGCAGCCGCCGCCAGCUGCGACGCCAGCGACUGCCAAGGCCGGCAAAUCACGGACUCUGCUCGGCUACUCCAAGUCCAGCGCAGCGACGCUGACGCGCCUCUUUGGCUCGCUGAAGCAGCUGAAUCGCUCCGGCUCGCUGCAGCGACGCCUCUUCCAAAAGGAGGUGGUGGGCGGUGGGAAGGUCGGUGGCGUCGGCGGCGGCGGCUCAUUAGAAAUCAUUCACAACGUGGGCGAAGUGUUCCGCACGCAGGAGACGUUCGAUAUGCAGCGCAUCUGCGAGCUGAAGCGCCAGCUGCAGUGCAGUCGCAGCGAUCAGCACAUCUACGGCAGGCUGCGCAGCGAACGGGAGCCUGAACCAGAGCCGCUGCCUCAGUCGCAGUCGCAGCCGGAACCGGAGCCGGAACCAGAGCAAGACAGACAGACAGAGGGCGCAAGCGCAGCGGAGCAGACGCGCAAAAAGCCGCGCAUAUCGCGCAUGCGUCUGCUGCGUCAAGACGAGCAGCAGUUAAACUGCCAGGCAGCAGCAGCAGCUGCAGCAGCGCCGUCGACGUCUGCAGCUCUAUUUUUGAAUGAAAGCAUUUGCCAGUGGAUGAGCGCGCUGCGACGCGAGCUGCACAGCUACGAGGAUGCCAACGGCGGCAUUGGCUGCCAGCAGCCCAAAAGCGUGCCGCCGGCCUAUGAGAGGGAGCGAGAGCGCGAACAAGUGGCUGAACCUGUGACGCUGCGACGCAGCGAGGCAGCGGCAGCCGCAGCGGCAGAGGCAGAGCCGGCAGCGCAGCAGCGUUUGGUGAGCGAUUUUAAGCGCAAACUGUUGGCCAAGCCACAUUUCCAAUUAGACGCCCAAUUGGAAAGCCAAUUAGCGCAAAACGGGCCGCCGCAUGGCGAUGUGCAGCUAGACGAUCGACGUCGGCGUCGCUGCGGCAUCAAUGAACGGCACGAUGCAGCCUUUGUUAGUGAGUUUCUCAGCGGUUUGGCGGUCACUGAGUGCGCCAGGCCAGCGACAGAGACAGAGCUCGAAAUAACUGUUACAACAACGCCGACAAUGUGCAAAGCAGCGGCAGCGCUGCUCGCUGGUUGCUUGUCGCUGCCUCAGCUGUGGCAGACGACUGCGCUUGCGGCCAGCUUGCAUCGCAGCGUCAUUUUCUACUGCGGCUAUGACAAAUUGCUGAGCGCCUUUUUGCAGCGACGACAGCGACUGCGCAGCGAUAGCAUUGAGCGCUGGCUACGUCGCUAUCGCCGCUACUGUGAGAGCGACAACAACAACAACAAUAUCGCCGAGUGUGAGUCAGCGUCGAGACAACAGCAGCAGCAACAGCAACGGCAACAGCGUCGGCAGCGGCGACGCCUAUUGGGGCCGCCGACAUUGGAGCUGCCAGUUGUGUUAGCGACGCCACCGAGUGACGACGUUGCUGCGGCCACAUGGCAUGUCGGCAGCAUUAGCCAAGCGCUAGAAUCGUGCGGGCGAGAGAGCGUGAGCGUGAACUCGAGCGCGAUCGUGAGCGUAAGCGUGUGUGAGAGCGAGCAAGAGACGCGAUCGGUGUGCGCCAGCAGCGACGACGGCGUCGUUGUUGGCAGAGCGCUGAUGGCGGCACCCAGGCAGAGUGUCGUGACAGAGCGCUCCAGCAGUGACGACAGUGAAAACAAUAGCAGCAACAAUAAUAAUAAUAUCAACAACAACAACAACAACAACAACAACARCAGCAGCAGCAGCAGCAGUAACAAUAGCGACAAUAAUAAUAAGGAGUGUGACAAUGUUAACCAACAUCAACAACAACAGCAACAACAACAACAACAACAACCAACAAUAACACAGAAUUGUGUGAUAAAAGUGCGUCGACCGGCGCCUCAGGUGCCCGUGCGUAAUCCAACCACGGCGCUUACUAAGAACCAAAAUGAGAAAAGCAACAACAACAACACCAACAAACAGAUUGAAAACAACAGCAGCGAAACGAACGUUGCGAUUAAUCAAGUGAAAGAGCUGCGAGCAGAGGCAGAGAUGGAAGCAGCGGCUAAGACAGGGGCAGAGCAGCAGCAGAACCCGCUGCAGCAGAAGGAGAAGGAGAAGGAGAAAGAGCACCAACAACAACAGCAGCAACAGGAGGAGGAGGAGGAAGAGGAAUCCAUUUAUCAGACCAUCUGGCAGUUUAAAACCUUGGAGCCAGUGCCAGAUGACAAUGAAGGCGAAGAAGAAGAAGAAGACUUUGAGAUCAUCGCAGCGACCGAUGCGACGGCCAGCGAUGACGAUGCAGACGCUGAAUUUUAUGCGGAUGCCGAGACCGACGCAGACGUCUACGUCGACGCCGAUGAUAUUCAGGCUGAGGAAUUGGCGCUGCAAGCGGCGGCGGCAUUUGCGGCUGGCGCACGUCACAGGCUGACUAAGCAAACGACGCCGGCGCCGCUGUCGCCGCUGCCGUCGCCAACGGCGUCCAUGGAUCAAGGCGCCUGGGAGACGGAUGACGAGUUUAUGUUCGCCAAGGCUGACGAGCAGCAGCAGCGGGAGCAGCAGCAGCGGCAGCAACUGAGAGAUCAGCAGAACGCCGAGACGCUUAGCGUGGGCAGCACGGUGACCAACAGCACGGCGACGCUUGGCUCCAUCAGCAGUAGGGGCAGCGCUGGCAGCAGCAGCCUCGACAGCAGCGCUGCGACUGCGCCGCAAACACUGACGCAUCCGCUGCUGCGCAACAUAUGCAUUUGCUACAGCCUCAAGGAGCCGCAGAAGUAUAGCGUUAUCUUCUACGACUACGAGCGGGCGCAGCUCCAUCAGCAUUUCAUGACCCGCAGGCGAUGUCCGCCACCGCCGCCGCCAGCGAAGUGGGCAGCGCAGCUGACGACGACGUCGCCGGCAAUUGGGAACCUGAACAGCAACGAUGACAGCGGCUGCAGCUGCGAAGCGGAUGCCGACGAGCUGCCCGAUCACAUACCGCAUCCGCUCAAAGAGGAUUGGGCCCUGGCCGUGCUCGCUGCCGCAGCGAGCAGCAAACGCGGCGUCGCUGCUCGCGCCGGCCGCAAGCUGCGCGUACGCUCCAGCGGGCGUCUGCUCAUACCCACCUCGGUGCUGGCGUGGCGCGAGCAGCUCCAAGAUGUCAACUACUGUGAGGAUGAGGAGGAUAUGAUUGUGCCAGUGAGCGAUAUUCUGCGCGCCCAGCAAAUCAAGGAGGACAACGAGGUGCAGCAGACGCAGCAGUCGACCAUCCUGCAGCGCUUCAAGAGCGCCUCCAUUGCCAACCUCAACGAUCUGCCCGGCGAAGAGGACAAGAAGUCGAUUAGGAAUCGCAUGCGUAUGAAAUUCAGCGGCUUUUCUCUGAGAUUUCGCAUCAAUCGAUCGCCCAAGAGUGAGAAGAAAUCGCGCACACGUCGCAGCCAGGUGAACAGCCUCUGUCUGGAUGAGCAGUCCAAGUAUCCGCUGUUUGGGGCACGACUGAAUCUGCUGGAGCUGAACAUGUCGGAUCAUCCGUAUGUGCCGCGCUUUGUCGUCGACGUCUGCGCCCACAUCGAGCAGCCCGAUUGCAUCAAACAGGAUGGCCUCUAUCGCGCCAGCGGCAACAAGCUGCUCGUCGACGAGCUCAAGCGCAAGCUGACCCAUGUGUAUGAUCCACGCUUGCUGCAGACAGAUGACAUACACACGCUCACCAGCCUGCACAAGCAAUUCUUUCGCGAGCUGCCAGCUCCGCUGAUCACCCAGGAGGCGUACGAUCGUCUCGGAUGCUGCCUGACCGACGAUGCGGCGAUCGAGCUAAUGCAUUUGGCAUUCGAUGAGAUGCCCGAACCGAAUCGCUCGACACUGCGUUUCCUAAUCAAGCAUCUCACCAACGUUGCGGCAUUCAGCAGCGACAAUCGUAUGCCUGCCUCAAAUCUGGCCAUUGUCUGGGGCCCCUGUCUGCUGGCUGCCAACAAUAUCAAUUUCAAUAUUGGCCGCAUGAAUAUGUUGGCCAAGGUGCUCAUUGAGAACUAUGAACGCAUCUUUCGUCCGGCAAAUGAGCGUCUUGUCUGCUAGAUAUAUAAUGCAUGCAUACAUGCAUAUAUACAUACAUACAUACAUACCUAUGUGUAUGUAUGUAUUUAUUCACAUAUACACAC